AUGGCGAUCUUGUUCGACCCUUCAGACAUGCCCCCCACGGGGCGGCUCGUGUCGCUCGGCACCGAAGGCGUGGACAGCUGUGCAGGCGUCCACACCGUGCUGUCGCUGCAGGCUGCGGCGCGGGUGAAUCGCAAGUUGAAGCCGAACAAACCUGGCGAAGACCUCUUCUGGACGACGGACGUGACGAAGGAGCUGCCGGUCAAAGUCACCGAGUCCGGUCCUGGCUCGCUGCCGCCCAUCACCGUCGUGGACUUCUUCGCGGACACCGUGCGCAGGUACCCCGACGCGCCUGCGCUCGCCUUCCAGCCACACACCAGCCCGCGCUUCCUCUCCUCCGCGACUGCGCAGAAAACUCACGCGACGCGCAGCGGCGGCGACGCGGCCGGGGACGUCUCGGCGCAGAGCGAAGCCGCGGCUCGGCGCGCGGAAGGCGAAGGGGACGCCGAAGAGACCGGAGAAGGCGGGAGGAACGAGCGUAGCGAGCCCGCGCGCUGCUCGCAGCAUGCGCACGAAGGCGACGACGGGGGCUCGCUGCUGAUUUCGCUGCCGCCGCGCCGGAGCUUGGACGCGUCGCCGCCGCCCUCGUACAUCGAGGGCCCGCUGCCGGGGUGGUGUAUGUACACCUGGCAGGGGUACUGGAACGACGUGUGCAUGUUCGCAAAGGCGCUUCUGUACCUCGGCUGCGACCGGCGCUCGCGGAUUGCGCUGAUGGGCUGCAACAGCCCGGCGUGGGCGAUUGCGUACUUUGGGGCGAUCUUCAUCGACGGCAUCGCAGUCGGCAUCUACACGACGAACUCGGUCGAGGCGACUGCCCACGUAGUUGAGCACGCGCGGUGUCGCGUCGCGGUCGUCGACUCGCUGGCGAACAUGGAGAAGCUGCUGCAGGUCAAGAAGAAGCAGCAGGCCGCGAGGGAGAGGAGGCUCCAGCGCGCCGUGGAGGCCGUCGACGGGGCGGUGGGACCGGCGCCGUCUGAGGUUAAGCGGCGGCGAACGACCGCGCCCGCGUUCGAUGCGGCGGCGGCGGCGGCGUCCUCGGGGUCGCCCCCCGUGACGCUGUCCUCCGAGACGUCCUACUCGCCGCCCGCGACGUCUGAGGAGUUCUAUGACGCGUUUGUGGGCGAGGAGGAGCUCGGCGCGUGCGACGUGCUGCAGACGAUUGUGGUGUACCGCGACCGCGUUCCCGAGGGCUACGAGGACGACGGCGUGAUUUCCUUCGAGGACUUCCUGCAGCUCGGCGCCGCGGUCAACGACGUGCUGCUUACGGCGCGCAUGGAGAGCCAGAAGCCCGGCGAGUGCUGCUCGCUGGUGUACACGAGUGGCACGACGGGGUUUCCCAAGGGCGUGAUGCUGUCGCACGACAACUUCACGUGGACUGCGGCCUGCUCAUCUCACAUGAUGAAAAUCGACAACUCGCACCGCCUCGUCUCCUUCCUGCCCCUCUCGCACGUCGCCGCGCAGCUCGUCGACCUCUACAUGCCCGUCACCAUGGGUUGCUGUCUUUACUUUGCACGUCCUGACGCGCUCCAGGGCUCCCUCAUCGACACCGUCAAGGCCGCGCGUCCAACGUGGUUCCUCGCCGUCCCCAGAGUCUGGGAAAAAAUCGAACAAAAACUUAAAGAAAUCGGCGCCGCUCGCGGCCAAUCCGGCAUCCGCAAACGCCUCGCCGACUGGGCCAAGGCCGUCGGCUUCAAAGGCACCGAUGCGCUGCUCACCGGAAAGACGCAGGACAUCCCCACCGUCUUCCCAGUCGUCAUGAAACUCAUCCUCAAUCAGGUCCGCAAGGCGCUAGGCAUGGAUCUGUGUUUAGGGCUCGGCAGCUGCGCGGCGCCUCUGGACGAGGGCACGCAGAAGUACUUUAUGAGUCUCGGCAUGCCCAUUAACUCCAUCUACGGUCUGAGUGAGAGCACGGGGCCGCAGACAUUCAUUCUGCCAGCGCCGGGAUGGUACAAGGUGGGGAGCAUCGGUCACGCGAUGCCUGGGACUGACAUGUAUGUGGCGAACGAGAACGAAGAGGGUCACGGGGAGAUUUGUUUUCGCGGGCGCAACAUCUUCAUGGGGUACUACAAGGACGAGAAGUCCACGCGAGGCACGCUAGACGAGAAUGGCUUCCUGCACACUGGCGACCUGGGCUACGUUGAUAAGGACGGCUUCAUCUACCUCACGGGGCGGAUAAAGGAGUUGAUCAUCACGGCGGGCGGCGAGAACGUCGCGCCGCUCCUCAUCGAGAGCCUGCUCAAGCAGGAGAUGCCGCAGCUCCUCUCGAACUGCAUGGUCGUUGGCGACCGGCGCAAGUUCCUCGGCGUUCUCGUCUGUCUGUACACGGCGAAGGACGCGAACGACAACCCGACGGAGACACUCGCUCCCGAGAUCGUCCGCUUCCUCGCGAAAGCCAACUCGCCCGCGGAAACGACCCGCGAGGCCAUGGUCGAUCCAGUCGUCAACCAGCUCGUGAGGGAAGCUAUCGAGCGCACAAACGUGAGGACGAUCUCCAGAGCGCAAUCGGUCCAGGGUUGGCGCAUUCUGCCGAGCGACUUUGCGAUCGCGACCGGCGAGCUGACGGCGACGAUGAAGCUGCGGAGGAAGUUCGUGGAGAAGAAGUUCGAGAACUUCGUCGAAGAGAUCUACGAGGCGCCCAUUCCACCGUGCCUCUCCGCGAAGGCCGACGCAAACAAAGCUCAGAUCCAUGCCAAGUUGUAA